AUGGCGCCACUGCGCUCACACGGGAUGCAACUGUUUCAGUUUCUCAUUGGUGAAAAGGAGAGUUUGGGAAAAAAUGAAUCUUUUCCUGUGUGUCCUGCAACUCCUUCUAACAAGGCUGGAAUCUGUAGUCCACAGAUACAGCGAGUCGUCAGGAGAGUUUUCUGUUCUUAUUUGGGCCUUCUGGUGAACUGUAAGAAUGACCUGGCCCUUGUGUACACCCUGGACAACCCUAAACGCUCUCUGGGGCACAUCGCCUUUACUGACCUGAGACAUGCUGCAUGCAACAACGGCUCAUCUCUUUUCUUGACAGUGACAUCGUUUAUCAGGGCCAUACAGCUGGGAGGAAAGGGGUACGCCCCACCUGAAUCUCACCCCUUAAGGAAGCACAUAAAGGGUUUAUCGGAAUAUCUCAAUUUUGUCGAUCAGUGUCAAGACAUUUUAGGAGAAACCCCCAAUCCAAGAGAAGCUGGAUCCAAGUUGGUGUCUAGGAUUAGAGCUGCUUUGGUCAAAGGCCGCAGUGCUGGAGACCCAGUAUACCUUGCAGCAGAGGACACUGACAAAAGUCUCAAGGAAAGGAUCGGUCAAAUACACACCACGCAGACGCAGUCAGUGGUUGACACAGGAAUUAGUCCAGCCAGGCCCAAAGCAUAUGCCAUAAACCACUCUACUGCCUAUGGGGGCCGAGAGACUGUGAAGGUUCUGAUGGUCCUCUUGGAUGAAGAGGCACUAGCCCCGCCCUGCAGGAACAAGGUGGAACUGCUUUCUGAAGAUCAUGCGAUUCUUAAUGGCAGCGCUGGAGUUUGUCUUCUUACCCUGUACAAAUCUCCAGAAGCUCCUACGGGAUCUUCUCCAAAACCUUUACGGAACCGCGUCUUGAGCCAACAAGAACAUAUCAAGUCCAAGGUUGUGCGGCCAACCAUCCGCUCUCAGUUUGCGUGUACGUACAAGGGCGAUGAGCUGCCCCUCAGCCGGGUGUUGGAAUUUCCAAGUGGUAGCCAACUUCCCACCUGUGCGCACCCUGCGCCCAAACGAACGUCUGUGGAGGAAGAGUGUGACUCCCCUGGGAUGGACAAAAGACUCAAAGGUAGUGUCUCUGCCAAGCUUAAAGGGGGGGUUGACUGCUUUUUUUUCUU